AUGGAUCCCUUUACCGCUUUUCCGCUGCCUCUGGUCCGUUCUGGCCUCGUUGUAGUGUGGCCCGCUGGCUCCGACCAGCCGCAGUACUUCCCCAACACGCUGAUCACCUUGGACGUGGUCUGGAAGCACUGGACCAAUCCAGACGGAACCCGCACGGCGAUUGACUACAUGGACGACGGGGGUCCCACUCCGCUGCUGGUCGAGUACGACCUCACCACCUGGCAGUACCUUGGCCCUGGUUGGGGUGCGAAUUUCGGCGUGGGUAACUUCCAGGCUGGACUGCCGGCCGCUGGGCACUACCAGACCACGGCAUUUUGGCCGCCGCCUGCUGGCUUUGACUACGAGGAUGCCGCCGUGAGGGCUAUGCAGGCUUUUUACGCUGGUCCAGCAGCAGUGAGUCGGCCGGCGCAGGGAACCAGUAGCCGGGAGGCCGCCAGGGCACAAUCCGUUGCUGGUCCGGGCCAGCAACAGCACGAGGUCAUCACGAUCCCGGACGACGAGGACGAACAGCUGGCCCCCGCCCCAGCCCCAGGCCUACUCACCCCUGAGUCUCUUCCCCCGCCGGCGCCGGUGCGAAAGGGCCCUCCUAGUGCGCUGCCCGAGCGCAAGAAGCACCUCCGGGGUACUUUUAGGUCUUUCUGUGACGCGCCCGUCAAGGAGCAGCGCGCCUUCUGCGACAAGUACUGGCCAAGCAACCAGGCCGCGCUCGAGCACGUCGAGUACCUUGGUCCGCUCUUCUUGGACUUCGACACCAGUAAGAUCUACCUGUCCUCCUGGGACAGCUUGAAGGUAACUCCCGUCCUGAACGGUAAGAAGGUCGUGUACGAGAAGGUGAGGGCUGCGGACGAGCAGAAGUUGCGGGAGAAGAGGAGUGCGGAUCUCGCACUCCUUAAUGGACUGGGAACAGCAAAGAAUGGGGAUGAGUGGAAGUGGAAGGCGAAGAAGAAGGGAAAGAAAGAGGAGCGAACGAACAAGCGGGUCAAGGUCAGCGGGCGGGGCCAGCCUACUAUCUCGCUGGUAACGCCUGAACCCGAGCAGCCACGCCCGCACCCUCCGACGCCAGAUCCGGAGGUCGAUGCAGAGGGCGACGACGACUCAAAUGCCGCCAUGCUGCAAGAGUUUGCGGCGGUGAGGGGCGAGGUGGGUGCCGGGGUAACUUCCCCAGCAGCUGAGCAGAGCACGGUGGAGGUCGGUGAUGAGGACGAAGGGUUCGAUGCGGUCAUGCUCCAAGAGUUCGCAGCGGUGAGGGGCGAGGUGGAGGAGUGUGAUGGUGAGGAAAAUGAAGAGGAAGAGGAGGAGUAG